AUGAAAUUAUAUUCAUGUGUAAUUUACACAUGCAUAUUAUGCAAAGUAAUAUCUCUUAUUAAAGUUUUUUAUUGCUCUUUUUGGUAUUUGAUAAAUGUCCAUUUUUUUAUGAACAAUUUAAAUUAUAAUGAAAUAUGGAAAAGCCAUAUAGACGAUAAUCAAAAUGAUAUUCUUAUUUUAUUUAUCCCUCCAUACCUAGCAUCAAAACAUGAAAAACUAGAAAUAUUAUUUAGUGACAAUAACAAUGAUAAUAUAGAGGGUCAAGUUAAUAUAUAUUCAGAAAAUGGAAAUCAUGAAAACGAUAAAAAUGAAGCUUCUAUUAGUUCAUAUAUUGUUUCACUUUUAUAUAGUAAAAAAAAUUACAUUGUAUUAUUUUAUAUUUUUUCUUAUAUAUAUUGUUAUUAUAUUGAGUAUAUACAAAAUAUAAUUCAGCAUUUCAUAACUCAAGAACAAAAGCAUAAAACACAUACCAUUACCCUUUUUUAUCAGUAUGCAUAUGCUAAGGAGGUAUAUAAUAACUCAUCAAAAAGUAAGCAACGAUAUCUUAGCUUUAUUGGGAAUAAUGAUAAAGUAUCUAAGCCAAAUAAUGUUGAUGAAACAAAUGGUAAUUCAAUGCUAACAGAUAUAAAUAGUAAAGGAAAAUAUGGCUAUUCAUCAAUUGGUGAUAUAAUUAAGGAAAGUCAAAUUAAAAAAGACAAAGAAAAAUGUGUUAAUAAUAAAACUACCAAAUGUGAAUAUAGUAAUGAAAAAAAAAGUAUAAAAAAUAAAAAUUUUAAAUUAAAUAAAGAUCAUAAUCAUUAUAUAAAUAAUAUAUUGAAUAAUAAAUACUAUCUUAAAAAAAAAAUAAAAACGCUUUUAAAAAAAAAUAAGAUAACAAAAUUCUAUGAAUUAGAGGUUAUUCAAUUACCAAGGGAAGAACUAAUACAAAAUGAAACAACUGUAAUAAAACAAAAUAAAAAAAAUAUUUGUUCAAAAUGUGUUAUCAAUUCAGAAGAAUCCUUAUAUUCUUUAAAAAUAAGGGAUGAACAUAUUUAUAGUGACAUCGAAAUGUCGAUGCAAAAGGAGAAACGAUCUGAUAUCGGAACAUAUUAUGACUUUGAUCAAGUCUUUUAUUUGAGUGAUGCAUAUAACGAGGAAGAUGAAGAUAUCAAUGAAGAUAAAUCAGCUUACGAACCAAUGUCAAAUUGGAUAAAAAAUAAAUACAAAAUGCUCGAUUUUACAAAACAUUUAUUUUUAGAAAAUCCAGAAAAAAAAGAUGAAAAAAAUAAUAAAGUAGAUAAAUAUUAUAACAAAAGAGUAAACUAUUCUAUUCAAAAUAAAUUAGGGGCAGGUGCAUAUGGUGAAAUAUGGUAUGGUAUUAAUUUAAAUAAAAAUGUUCCAUUUCAAAAUGUGGUUUUGAAAAAAAUAUUUAUAAAAAAAAGUGUUGAUGAAAGUGAACAAAAUUUGAAUGAUGAUGAAAGGGAAAAGGAAUAUGAAAUAUAUGCUAUGAGAGAAGUAUAUUUUGGAGAAAUUUUUAAAAAUUGUGAUAAUAUAAGUAGAUAUAUAGAACAUUUUAAAGAAUCCGAAACUAGUGAAAAUAAUAAAGAACAUAUUACAUUCAUAUGGAUUGUGUUUGCAAAUGAAGGAUAUUCAUUAUCACAGCAUCUUUUUGAAACAGAUAAAAAUAAUUCUGGUAUGAUUAUUCCUAGUAAAUUAUGGUGGAGUAUAAAAAAACAAAAUAUAGGAAUGCUAGUAAUAAAAGAUUUGAUGCAUCAGUUAUUAAAUGGUAUAAAUAUUGCUCAUAAAAAACAUAUUACACACCGGGACAUUAAAAUGGAAAAUAUAUUUGUAUCACCAAAUACUCCAUUUACUGUUCGAAUAGGAGAUUGGGGUAGUGCUGUUGAAUAUAAAAAUAAAUCAUUUUUUUUUACACCUAGUAUGGAAGAAGAAACAGAAGGAUACCAACCUCCAGAAUCUUUAUUUGGGCAUAUGAAAAAAAAUUUUAUGAGAUUACCAUAUUAUGAUAUGUGGGGAAUUGGAAUAUUAUUUUUGCAAUUUGUAUUGGGCACCAAAAAUCCAUUAGAAAUAAAAAAUAAAAGAAAUGAAAUGAAAUUAAAACGAAUAUAUUCAAAAUAUUCUAAAGAUAUUUUAAAAGAAGUAAUUUUUAUACAAGGGCUUUCAGAUUUAUGUUUAAUACCUUGGGUUAGUCAAACUCCUGAUAGGUUAAUGUCUCUCUAUGAUAUGAAAAAUAAUGAAAAAAACUCACUUCAAUAUUCUUCUAUAUAUGGAAGAAAUUUAAUUAUAAACAAACUAGAAUAUUUCGCUAUAACAAAAAAUCUUAUUGAAAUUAAACGAAAAAGAUAUAACCUUAUUAAUAAUAUGAUGUCUAAUAAAUAUAAUUCAUUAAUAUCUUUGCCAAAUUCUCCAGUGUGCCCCAAUUGGAAAUGCUUACAUAAAUAUGAUGAACAAGCUAACUAUAAUAAUAAAUAUAAUAAUAAUACAUUUGAUAAAAUUCAAAAUAAAUUCCUUCAACAAAAAAAGGAAAAUUAUACAUUUUUUAAAAAUAAUUGUGAUGAUGAACAAUUCCAAAAAAUAUUACAAGAACGAGACCCAUCAGGCGUUGGACUUCCGGAUAAAAACGCUCGUGACCUUCUUAGACGUCUCCUCGAUUUCGAUUACAACACAAGGAUUACUUCUGAAGAGGCUCUUAAACAUGCAUGGUUUUUAGAUAGCUGA